ACAAAUUUUCAUGAAUCAAAGACUCGUUUGAACACCUUGGCAGUGGCGGUGACGCCCACGUCCGUGUGACUGAGGCAGGCGUGCGGCGCGGCGCAGUAAGUUUGAGCUCUCACUCCUGCAGCGCGCGAGCUGCGUGUCAGAGCUGAGGAAGAUGAUGAUGAUGAGGAUGCAUGCGGGCUGUGAGUAACGCAAACAGAGCGGAUUCAGAUCUUACUACAUAGUGAGCACCUGCUGGAGGCAGUUCUGAGAGCUUGAGCUCUGGGUGUGACGGUGGUCUUUUGUCCUCCAGCUGCUUUCCUCUCUGAUGAAUUAACUGGAGUAUCCUCUCUAUUGAACUGGAUCGAGCUGGAAUUACGUUUAAUUGAAAAGUUAGGCGUGUGUAUGCUCCGUGGUUCACUGGGGCAUCCGUGUGUCCGCACACUCUCAGCGCAUCGGUAACUCAUGUGUUCCUGUGAUUAUUUGGUGCUCGUCGAAUGUCACCCAGUGAGUGAGCGCGCUCCAGAUGCACUCGCUGUUUGAUCGCAAUUGUUAAGGGCUGGGAAUCGAUCUGUCUCCGGUCUCGCUGCCCCACGCUGCUGUGAGGAUGUUCAGCUGUGUCGGGUGUUUUUGGGUGCUUCUGUCCUCCGCCCUGGUCGCGAUUUGCAGUUUUAGUUUCAUCUCACCCGCUUGGAUAGUGAAGGAGCAUCUGAAAAACAAGGACUCCGUGAGUUUCGGGCUUCUGUGGCACUGCUCCGAGUCUCUGGAUCAUAUGUACAGAUGUUACACCUUUGGCGGGCUGGGCAAAUUUCAAGAGAUUCCUUCAAGCUCUUGGCAGACGAGUGCGGUGCUGUGUUCAGGAGGAUGUGCUCUGCUAGCAGUCAGCUCCCUGCUGGCCAUCAUCACCAUCUUCCUGCCCAGUGGAGCCUGUGAGAGGAGGAUCUGCACAUUGGCAGGAUACAUGCAGAUGGCUGCAGUGGUCAUUAUGGCAUCUGGUUUACUGGUAUACCCCUUCGGUCUCAACUCCAGCCUGGUCAAGUCUUUCUGCGGAGACUCGGACAUCUACUACUCUGGGGAGUGUCAGAUAGGAUGGGGCUACAUGCUGGCUAUCGUAGGUGUCAUGCUCACCCUCUUCCUGCCCUUUUUCGCCAAGUACGCCCCCAAAGAGCAGCUGUCACCCACCCCACUGCCCACUCUUUUAUAGAGCACUAAAGUGCACCACCUAUAAUAUUCAACCUGCUCAACCGUCAUAAAUAAUUAUUAAAUGAUCAAAGAUUUGCUGUUGGACAGAUUGCAAAGUCUCAGCAUCAUUUGCCGUGGUUGGUAAUAAUGAUGUCAUGAAGAUGAUGUUGCUCUGGAGCAGAACUCAAGACCCUUCAUCCCUUCUGUUCUUGUUGUUUU